AUGAACAGAUCUACAAUAUGGCGCAAAGCGCCCGCUUCAACUCUGGUCAGAUACGCAUGCCGCAAGCAACAUCCCAUAGUCCAAUGUCGGAGCUUCACUUAUAGUCGCUAUGUUGGCCGUGAAUAUGACCCAAGGAUAAAAGCCGUAGGUAGGGCGAUAUCCGAUGAUUAUGCUCUAAUACGAGAGAAAUACGAUACCCCAAAAUACCCCAUUGUCCUCGCACAUGGCCUGUUUGGCUUCGCUGAACUAAGCCUCUCUCCCUACUUCCCAUCAGUAGAAUACUGGCAUGGGAUUCGCGAUGCCCUCACCGCGCAAGGCGUCACCGUUUUGACUCCCGCCGUUCCUCCAUCGUCUUCCAUUGCCGAUCGCGCCGCCGCUUUACGCUCCGCGCUAGAAGCGCACGCUCCAGUCCCAGAGGCUGUCACCAUCGUCGCACACAGCAUGGGCGGUCUUGACGCCCGAUAUAUGCUAUCGCACCUUGAGCCUCUCCCCGUUCGUGUCGCAGCACUCGUCACCGUUGCCACCCCGCACCGAGGCAGUGCCUUUGCGGACUAUCUUCUUGACGAGGAGGUCUCGCCAGUACAUCAUUACUUGCCCCAGUUGUACAAGACUCUUGAGAGGGCGGGUCUAGGCACAGCGGCCUUUUCGCAGCUGACAAGACGGUACAUGGCGGAGGAGUUCAAUCCGAGCACGCCGGACCAACCUGAUGUACGGUACUUUUCUUACGGAGCGGCAGUGGAGCGGCCGGCGCUGUUGAGUCCAUUCCGGCAUCCACACGCCGUCAUGACUCAAGCGGAGGGUCCUAACGACGGGCUUGUGAGCGUGGAGAGUAGUUCUUGGGGUACAUAUAAAGGCACACUGCUCGGCGUGAGCCACUUGGAUCUCAUCAACUGGUCUAAUCGUGUAGGGUGGACAGUUCGGGAGUGGAUGGGGAUCAAGAAGAAUUUCAAUGCCAUUGCCUUCUACCUUGACAUAGCAGACAUGUUAGCCAAGGAGGGUUUCUAA